GUUGCCUGCUUCCGGCCAGCUUCAGAUUAAUGGCUUUUAAUUUAGAAUUUAAUCAAUGCAGCUUCCCUCCAAAGAGCUGGAUGCUCUGGCUUGGGAGAGAGCCCUGUGAUCUGCUGCUGGCACCCUGGUCAUGGAGGACUGCAAUGUGCAUUCUGCUGCCAGCAUUCUGGCCUCAGUGAAGGAACAGGAGGCCCGCUUCGAGCGUCUGACACGGGCCUUAGAGCAAGAGCGGCGCCACGUUGCCCUGCAGCUGGAGCGCGCCCAGCAGCCUGGCAUGAGCAGUGGUGGUAUGGUGGGCUGUGGGCAGCCCCUGCCAAUGGCCUGGCAACAGCUGGUUCUUCAGGAGCAGAGCCCGGGUAGCCAGGCAUCGCUGGCCACGAUGCCAGAGGCACCUGAGGUGCUAGAGGAGACAGUGACCGUGGAGGAAGACCCUGGCACCCCAACCUCUCAUGUAUCCAUUGUCACAUCAGAAGAUGGUACAACCCGGCGGACUGAGACUAAGGUCACCAAGACGGUCAAGACUGUGACCACAAGGACAGUACGCCAGGUGCCUUUGGGCCCAGAUGGACUCCCCUUGCUGGACGGCGGCCCUCCACUUGGCUCUUUUGCUGAUGGGCCCCUGGACCGGCAUUACCUGCUGCGUAGUGGCGGCCCGGCAGCCACACUCUCCCGAGCCUACCUCAGCAGCGGAGGUGGUUUUCCUGAUGGCCCCGAGCCCCGGGAUAUUCCAAGCUACGGCAGCUUGUCCCGAGGACUUGGGGUACGGCCACCACGUACUGGCCUCCUGGGUCCAGGGCCAGGUGAUGGCUGUUUUACACUGCCUGGCCGCCGAGAAGCCUUCCCCAUGGGCUCUGAAUCUGGACCACCAAGUGGCCGCUCUCUGCCUGAGCAUUUCCAAGCUGAACCAUAUGGUCUGGAGGAUGAUACACGGAGCCUGGCUGCGGAUGAUGAGGGCGGCCCUGACCUGGAGCCUGACUACAGCACAGCAACAAGGAGAAGACCUGAGUAUGGGCGGGGCCUUCGUGCCAGGGCCGUUGAAGACACAGCAGACGGUGCUGGUGAGCUGAUAGAAGAGCGUCCCCCAUUCCCAGCAGCAACAGCCCCUCUGGCCCAGCCUGAGAGGGGCAGCCUGGGCAGCUUGGACCGAGUAGUGCGGCGGUCACCUUCAGUGGAUAGCACCCGCAAGGAGCCACGCUGGCGGGACCCCGAGCUGCCAGAGGUGCUGGCCAUGCUGCGGCACCCUGUGGACCCUGUGAAGGCCAACGCAGCAGCCUACCUGCAGCACCUCUGCUUUGAAAACGAGGGUAUCAAGCGGCGAGUACGGCAGCUGCGUGGGCUCCCCCUACUUGUGGCGUUACUAGAUCACCCUCGAGCUGAGGUGCGGCGCCGGGCCUGUGGGGCACUGCGCAACCUCUCCUAUGGCCGUGAUGCUGACAACAAGGCUGCCAUCCGGGACUGCGGAGGUGUGCCAGCCCUGGUGCGCCUGCUGCGGGCUGCCCGUGACAAUGAGGUCCGUGAGCUAGUCACUGGCACACUCUGGAACCUGUCAUCCUAUGAGCCCCUGAAGAUGGUCAUCAUUGACCACGGCUUACAGACUCUGACCCAUGAGGUCAUCGUGCCCCAUUCUGGCUGGGAGCGAGAGCCUAAUGAAGACUCGAAGCCCCGGGAUGCAGAGUGGACAACAGUCUUCAAGAACACAUCAGGCUGCCUGAGGAAUGUGAGCUCAGAUGGUGCAGAGGCCCGGCGGCGACUCCGUGAGUGCGAAGGGCUGGUGGAUGCUCUACUACAUGCCCUGCAGUCAGCUGUGGGCAGGAAGGACACAGACAAUAAGUCAGUAGAGAACUGCGUGUGCAUCAUGCGGAACCUAUCCUACCACGUGCACAAGGAAGUUCCAGGGGCUGACAGGUACCAGGAGGCAGAGCCUGGAAUCCCGGGCAAUGCUACAACCUCCCAGCGUCGAAGGAAGGAUGAUGCCAGCUGCUUUGGUGGCAAAAAAGCAAAAGGGAAGAAGGAUGCAGAGAUGGACCGAAACUUUGACACACUGGACCUGCCCAAACGAACUGAGGCUGCAAAAGGCUUCGAGCUGCUGUACCAGCCAGAGGUGGUACGUCUCUACCUCUCACUGCUUACGGAGAGCCGGAACUUCAACACCCUGGAAGCUGCAGCUGGUGCCCUGCAGAACCUCAGUGCUGGCAACUGGACGUGGGCCACGUACAUCCGUGCCACGGUGCGCAAGGAACGUGGGCUGCCAGUGCUGGUGGAACUGCUUCAGUCGGAGACUGACAAAGUGGUGCGUGCUGUGGCCAUUGCACUGCGCAACCUUUCACUAGACCAGCGGAACAAAGACCUCAUCGGGAGCUAUGCCAUGACAGAGCUGGUUCGGAAUGUUCGCAGUGCACAGGCCCCCACUCACCCUAGUGCCCACCUGGAGGAGGAUACAGUGGUAGCUGUGCUCAACACCAUCCAUGAGAUCGUGUCUGAUAGCCUGGACAAUGCUCGCUCCCUCCUGCAGGCCCGUGGUGUGCCUGCACUGGUGGCACUUGUGGCCUCCAGCCCUGGCUGCUGCUGCUGCAGCCAGUCAGUGCGGGAGGCCAAGGCAGCAUCACACGUGCUACAGACUGUGUGGAGCUACAAGGAGCUGCGUGGAGCCCUACAGAGGGAUGGCUGGACGAAGGCACGCUUCCAGACUGCUAGCACUGCCAAAGGACCCAAAGGGAUACCAAGUUCUGGGGGCUUUGAUGACAGCACACUGCCACUGGUAGACAAGAACCUUGAUGGGGAGAAGUCAACCACCCGGGAUGUGAUCCCUAUGGAUACCCUUGGUCCAGAUGGUUAUGCCACAGUUGACCGGAGGGAGAGGAGGACACUGGGCAGUGACUCCAUAGGGGACACCUCUGAGAAGGAACUAUUGAGACCCGACCCUGGCAGGAAGGCCCCUCCGCCUGGGCCCAGCAGGCCCUCGGUCAGGCUGGUGGACGCCGUGGGGGACACUAAGCCUCAGCCUGUUGACUCCUGGGUCUAGCUUGCAUGCCUGGUACGUUCCUUCCUCUGGUUUGCCCACCCUUGGGUUAGGGCUCCUUGUUCAUUUCUGCUUGCUGCGUGAUUGUGUUCCCUGUGUGAUCUCCGGCAGGACUUACCAACAGUCCUGCUCCAGUCCCUGGAAAUCGGUCCUGGGGAGACAGGCUCCCUAUUUCCUCAAAUAUCCCCAGCACAGGGCCCUGUGAAGACCAGCAAGACAGGACUGGUUCUGGUGUCAAGGGUCUUGGUAUGGCCCAUCCUUCAAUCCAUAGCUACUGCUUCUGUGUGUCCUAUCAAGGCAGCUGCCCCGUAUGGAGGUUCCAAGUCAUCUUGCUACAUUUUGCUGGCUCUUACCUAUCUGAGCUCCCAACUAAAGCAUCUGUCUGUCUUUGUCUCCCUUUGCAGGGCCCUGGCCCAGCUGUCUGUUCUUAGGGAUCACAUCGAGGUAGCUGGAAGAGGGCAGUCUUGAGCAGACCUAGUCUUGGAGCCAGGAGCUCCACCCUUCUGUGGCAGGUUGGCCAAGCCUCUUGUCCUACCUUACCCUACCCUCUUCUUUACUCUCCUGAUCUAACUCUCCAGGUCCGAGUUAGCUGUUUACUGACAUGGUGCUGUGUGGUAGGAGAGGAGGUUGGGGGAGCCAACCUCAUGCACAGCCACAGAGGAGCAAAUACAAGCCUGGAGUAGAGGUCCUGGAGCAGGCAGUGGGACAAGUAGGGGGCCUUGGAAAAGAACUUGGGCUCCCAAGGGUGGCUGGAGUACUAUCCUGCAUGCAGGCUGACCACAGUGAGGGCUGUUCCAAGAGUCCAGACAGGAAAGUUUAGGAGGCAGCCAGAUUGGAGGUGGGGGCAAGCUGUGCUUGUCCCCAGCACUCCUGUCCUUGGAUUCCUGGAACACCUUCCCUCUGCAGCAUACUCUUCCUAAGAUGCCUGUGGCUGGGGCCACCCUGGCUGUUGCAUCUGCCUAGAACCUCAAGUAACCUCGGGGCCUGACUGCUGGCAGCAGCGAGGGAACUGCUGUUCAGUGCCUGCUGUUUGUGACUUAAUAAUGAAGAAAACUGACAAAAUGCAUUAAAAAUGAAACCAAAAUAAGACUGUAUCAACAAACAUCGAAAUUUUUGUAAGAAAAUUUAAAGAUUAAAAAAGCAGCAAAGAA